AUCCAGAUCAGAUGGCGGCAACAAACAUUUUCUGCAUUAGUUGCAGAAUGUUCUGUGACUGUUAGGUGUACUAUCCAAGUCAUUCACGAUGUCAGCAAGAAAGAGUCUCACCAACCUGAAACCUCUUUCACAUAGAACUAAUGAAUCUAAUGCAAAUGAGAAGAAACAAGUGACAAUCUCGAAAUUCUUUGCAUCAAAAAGUGCGAAAAAUGACUCUGAAUUGGUAAUUAUAGACAAUUCUUCAAGGGAAGGAAGUGCCGAUGAGAAAAAGGUUUCGUCAACAAUAAAGAAACGACGUAGGAAAAAGGUGAACGAUUCUGAUGACAACAGGUCUAAAAAGCAGUGUUUAGAUGAUGGAGGGGCUCAAUUUUCUGAAAAAGAAGCAGAAACAGGACCAUCUUCUGUCAUCAAAGUCGACAGGCUACGGACAGAUGAAGCUUCAAAUGGUGAAAAGUCGACAGAGCGUGAGAAAAAUGAUUCAAGGUCCCAUUGUAUUUCACCAGGGGUAGAGCAUGCAACCUCACUGAGUGAGAAUACAAAACACAAAUUGCAGCAGUUUGAAUCCAGCGUUAAUAAAGAUGGAGAUUCAAAUUCAGGAGAAAUAAUAAGUAUAUCAGAACUAAAACGUAACAGAAACUUACCUGAUAUUUCUUCAGUUUCAAGUAGUUUAUCUAAAGAAAAUGACUUGGAAGCAAGCAAGACUUCAGAUAGUGAUGACGAAUACAACGCACCAGGCACUUCAAAAUCUAUGCCAGCAAGUUCUACGUUGACAAAGAUCAUUCGUAAAAGUAGUUCUACUUUUGCAAGUAACUCCACUUUUGCAAAUAAAACUACUAAAACCCCGACAUCUGCAGGUAAGAAGGGCAAGUACACACCUCUGGAGCAACAAUUUGUGGACAUCAAAGACAAAUGUCCACACGCUGUGUUGUGUGUCGAGUGUGGAUACAGAUACAGAUUCUUUGGACAAGACGCAGAGAUUGCAGCUGAAGUUCUAAAUAUAUUUUGUCAUCUUGACCAUAACUUCAUGACUGCCAGCAUCCCUACUCAUCGACUCUUCGUCCAUGUCCGGAGGCUGGUUGCUGCGGGUUACAAGGUGGGAGUUGUUAAACAGAUGGAAACUGCAGCUUUAAAAGCAGCAGGGGAUAAUCGAAGUGCACCAUUUACUCGAGAGUUAUCUGCCCUUUAUACAAAAUCAACAUUGAUUGGAGAAGAUGUGAACCCACUACUUAAUGUGGAGGACACUGGAGAUUCUUCAUGUGGUACCAGUACUUCCUACCUCAUGUGUGUGUAUGAAGCACCACCGAACAAAAACAGCAAACAGCAUACCACUGCCAUCUUUGCUAUUCAGCCCUCCACUGGGGACGUUGUGUAUGAUAGCUUUGAGGACAAUGCCAUGCAUGGAGAACUAGAGACUCGGUUGUUUCACAUUCAACCAUCAGAAAUCCUCAUCUCUGAUGACCUGCACGAGGACACAGAUAACUUUAUACAGCGGCUAGCGUCCAUCAGCUGCACACCUGAUGACCGUAUGAGAGUAGAGAGGAUAGACGGCCAACAACUAGAGUACAACACUGCCUUCCAGACUGUCUCCAAAUUCUACACAAAUGAAAACAUAGCUGGAAUCAGCCUUCUACAGGAAGUCCUAAGUCUGCCACGUCCAGUCAUUUCCUGUCUGGCCGGAACAAUCUCCUAUCUAUCUGAUUUCAACCUGGACAAGAUCCUUACACUGACCAGCAACUUUACACAGUUUUCUGUGAAGUCAAAGUUUAUGCAGCUUCCCGGUAACACAGUUCGAAAUCUGGAGAUGUUCCAGAACCAGACCAACGGAAGUGAAAGAGGAUCCCUGUUUCGGGUUAUGAACCAGACCGUAUCCAGGUUUGGUGGACGAAUGCUUCGGAUGUGGCUCAGUAGACCUCUACUCUCAGCAUCGGAAAUCAAACAGAGGCAUGCAGCAGUCCAGGAUCUAAUCGAUGGACCAUGUGCUGAAACUAUGGCCAAACUACGGGCAAUCCUCGGCAAAAGUCCCGAUCUGGAAAAGGGACUUGCUUCUAUCUAUCACAAAAAAUGUAGCGUUGUCGAGUUUUACUUAGUAUGUAAAGCACUCAGCCAACUACAGAAGGAUGUCCAGCUUCUGGCUAGAUCACAGUGUCCACAGCUAAACUCUCACCUUCUGAAGACAAUCUUGACCAGUGUGCCUGACCUUCUACAGGACGCUGAAUCAUUUGUGUCAUCCAUCAGGGAAAAGUCGGUCAGAGAUAAUGAAAAGACACAGUUAUUUGCGGAUGAGGGUAAAUUCCCUUUAAUACCAAAGGGGAAACAGGCCAUACAGGAAGUGAUGUCAGAGAUUCAGGCCCACAGACGUGAGGUCCGCUUGGUUCUACGACUUCCUGCACUCGAAUAUGUCACUGUCAUGGGAACAGAGUUUUUGAUUGAGGUGAAAAACAAUUCCGUCCACUUGGUACCGAAGGAUUGGAUUAAAAUCAGCAGCACAAAGGCCGUGAGCAGGUUUCACUCUCCAUUUAUAGAGAAGACUUACCGCAGGCUUCAGCAGCUGCGAGAACAGCUGAAGCUGGACUGUCACCGGGUGUGGCUGGAGUUUCUCAGCUCAUUUGGAGAAAAUUACCAGAGCUACAAAAAGGCUGUGCAACAUCUGGCUACUCUGGACUGUUUGUUUUCAUUGGCAGCCAUUGCUAAACACCAUGACUACUGCAGACCUGAAAUUGUGGAUGAUGAUGAAUUCUGUAUUCACAUUGAAAAUGGGCGACAUCCAAUAAUCCAACAGUUGAUUGGCGAGCAUGAACAGUAUGUCCCUAAUCAUACCAGGUUGUCUAGAGAAUCUGAUAGAGUGAUGAUUAUUACGGGGCCAAACAUGGGAGGGAAAAGUUCCUACAUCAAGCAGGUAGCACUGAUCGCAGUCAUGGCCCAGAUUGGGUCUUACGUUCCUGCCGAAUCAGCCAGGCUAGGGAUUCUAGAUGCUGUUUACACAAGAAUGGGAGCCUCCGAUGAAAUCUACAGCCGACGAAGUACCUUUAUGGUAGAACUACAGGAAGCGUCAGACAUCAUAGCCAAUGCUACCGACCGAUCCCUCGUCAUACUGGAUGAACUAGGUCGGGGGACGAGUACUCACGACGGAACAGCCAUUGCACUUGCUACACUUGACUACUUCAUUCAAAAGGUCAAAUGUCUGUGCCUGUUUGUGACCCAUUACCCAAUGCUGUCUGAGUUUGAACACAAGUUUCCGGGGAUAGUCCAAAACUUCCACAUGUCUUUCUUCUUGGAUGAUGAAGAAGAGAUCGUCGGAGAGACUGAACAGGCAGUAAACGAGACUUCAGCAAUAGAAUCCAUCACAUUUCUGUACCAGUUAGUGGUGGGCGUGGCUGGGCGGAGUUAUGGCCUCAAUGUCGCACGACUAGCUGGCAUUCCACAUGACAUCAUCCAGCAGGGGGCAUGUCAGUCAAAGUACCUGGAAGCCAAAAUCAUGGAAAGGAGAGAGCAGUUAAAGUUGUUCCAAGCAAUGUUUACAUGCCCGAAGACCGAGAUGGCAGAUAUUUUACAGGAACUACAGAAAAGUGAAGACCAACAGAUGUCAUCCUCUACUUAAUAGGACCGUUCUGGUUCCUGUACUGAACACAACACCUGUCCCUGUACAAGAUUUAUGCCUGUCCAAUUCUUUAUGUCGUACCCAACACUGUUACACCGUGACAUUUGAUGAGUAGAACAGCCUGGUGAUCUUCAUCAGAAGGGAGGCUAUUCAGGGAAAGAAAAAUUGUGCCUUUAAACAGUAAAGCCAUCCUGCUGACAUCACUACUAAAUCUACGGCUGGAAUAACCCUUCAUAAUAUUAUAAUAAUAUUACUUGUCCUAUGAAAACAUUUUAAUGAUGUGAUUUAGAAUUGAGUUCAAUGUGAUAGAACUCUUUUGACAUUAAUGCAAUAAUAUUGAAGUUCAAAUGAAAAAGAAACAUAAUCAUGAAUAUUAACAUUGACAAUUAAAUUAAGAACAGAUAUUUUGCAUGUGGUUUUAGUUCUAUCUACCUCAAGUUUAUAUCUUAAUGACAAGUUUCAUUAAUCAUAUUUUGGGGAGGAUUUAUACUGGUCCAGUGUAUGAGCAAUUCAAAGAAAUUUUCUGAUAUUGUUACUCUUGUGUCCAGCAACAGUUCUAGAGUGGAGGGGACAUACAUACGUGUUUGCCUUUUCUGUCAGUCUGUAUACAUCAGGGUCAGAAUAAUAAUAAUGAUAUACAACAUUUAUAUAGCGCCCUAUAUAUCACUUUUAAGGGUCCAGCCUUUUGGUAUUCCGUCUUUGGGUAUUGCAGAGUUAUCUUCUCUUGGGAGCAGGUAUUGAUUGUUACGUCACUUGUUUGU